AUGACGAUCGCGGAGGAGUUUAGGUCGCGAAACUUUAGUAUUUACGGUCAAUGGACCGGUGUCAUAUGCGUCCUUCUCUGCUUCGCCGUCGGCAUCGCAAAUCUCAUCUCCCUCCCCCGCCUCAUCUGGAUAUUCAGCGUAAUCUGCCUAAUCUCCUCCUUCGUCAUCAUCUUCGUCGAGAUCCCGCUCCUCCUGCGCAUCUGCCCGACAUCCGCCAAGUUCGACACCUUCGUCCGCCGCUUCGAGACAAACUACAUGCGCGCGGCCUUCUACGGCGUUCUGAGUGUUAUCCAGUGGCUCAGCCUCAUCUUCGGCUCGUCGAGCUUGGUGGCCGCGGCUGUGUUCCUGCUGUUUGCGGCACUCUUCUAUUUGGCGGCUGGGAUUAAGGGACAGGGGUUUGUGGGGAGCAAGACGCUGGGAGGACAUGGGGUUGCGCAGAUGAUUGUUUGA